AUGUCAUGGAAAGAGCAGGGGUUGUUAAUGUUUUGUAGACUCAGUGUAUUUUUAUUUCUAUUUUCAUAAUAUACACGAGGUGAGAUAAUAUUUCCACCUCUGAAUAAGUCUGACGCGUGAACCUCUUUGGUGUGGCGCGUCUCUCAUUAACGAAACGCUUUUUUGUCCCCAAUCGCAUAACGUACUGUAGGGUGUAGCAACGUGCAAACUUCACAACAGAUAACAGACCUCGGCCGCUGCGUGAUCAUCAUUAUCUCAAGUUAUAAUAAUACAUUUUCCGGACAGAAUUUUCACAACUACAGGCAUCUAUAAUGGCCCAGACCGACAUGGAUUCCGGGGAGGAUGGAGGCGGCGGCGGGGAGCCCGAGGUGAUCGCUAAAGCCAGUGUCUUGGGAGGUUUUACCGAGAGCACUGAGAUUCGAGCCCUGAUCUCCAGCCUACCAGUGGUUCACGAGAACAUCGUGACACUGGAGUCAGCCAUAGAGAGGUUCCUCGUGAUAAUGGACCGUUAUCAGGAGCAGCCCCAUCUUCUGGAUCCACAUCUGGAGUGGAUGUUGAACCUGCUGUUGGAGCUCAUCAGGAGUGAACAGUCUCCUCCUCUUCUGGUACACAUGGGCUUCAAAUUCCUCUACAUCAUCUCCAAGGUGAGAGGGUAUAAGAUCUUCAUGCAGCUCUUCCCCCAUGAGGUGGCUGACGUCCAGCCAGUCCUGGACCUCCUGUGUCGACAGGACCCCAGAGACCCAGAGACCUGGGAGACCCGCUACAUGCUGCUGCUGUGGCUGUCCAUGACCUGUCUGAUACCCUUUGACCUCUCCCGUCUUGACGGUCACCUGAACUCUGACCCCAGCCAGACAAGAGAGCCAAUCAUGGACCGCAUCCUGGCUGUCGCCAAGUCUUACCUGAUGGUCACUGAUAAGUCCAGGGAUGCUACAUCUGUGUUGGUAUCAAAGUUUGUAACACGUCCUGAUGUGAAGCUGAAGCGACUAGGAGACUUCCUGGACUGGAGUCUGACCACCAUCUCUCAGGCCAGUGACCAGACCAUGGGAGGUACUGUAAUCCUGGACGGGGCCCUGCAGUCUCUGGCACAGCUAUUCAAGCAUGGCAAGAGAGAUGACUUUCUCCAGUACGCUCCGGUGGUGCUGCAGUGUCUGGACCAGUGUCACGUGGCAGAGAGCAGCCAGGCUAUGCUGAGGAAGCUGGGGGUCAAGCUGGUACAGAGACUGGGUCUGACCUUCCUCAAGCCCCGACUGGCCAAGUGGAGGUACCAGAGAGGGAGUCGCUCCCUGGCAGCCAACCUGUCUCUGUCUCAGUCUGGCUCCACAGUCAAGGCUGUUAGUCCAGACAUGGAGACCCAGAGCCAGGAGGAGGACUAUGAUAUCCCAGAGGAGGUGGAGAACGUCAUCGAGCAACUGUUGGGUGGGCUGAAAGACAAGGAGACCAUCGUGCGCUGGUCUGCUGCUAAGGGUAUUGGGAGGGUGACAGGGCGACUCCCCAGGGAGCUGGCUGACGAGGUGGUUGGAUCUGUGUUGGACUGCUUCAGUUUCCAGGAGACAGACAACGCGUGGCAUGGAGGCUGCUUGGCCCUGGCAGAGCUGGGGAGAAGAGGCCUGCUGGUGCCCUCUCGUCUCCCAGACGUGGUGCCUCUGAUCCUGAAGGCCUUGGUCUAUGAUGAAAAGAGAGGAGCGUGUAGCGUUGGUUCUAACGUACGAGAUGCAGCCUGCUACGUCUGCUGGGCCUUUGCCAGGGCCUACGAACCCACCGAGCUGAAGCCCUUCGUCACGCAGAUCGCAUGUGCUCUGGUGAUCACUGCUGUGUUCGACCGAAACGUCAACUGUCGUAGAGCUGCAUCAGCUGCCUUCCAGGAGAAUGUGGGAAGACAGGGCACGUUCCCCUACGGCAUCGACAUCGUAGUAGCAGCGGACUACUUUGCUGUUGGGAACCUGAACAACUGUUACCUGUCCAUCAGUGUUUACAUCGCCAGUUUCCCAGAAUACACCAGGCCCAUGAUCGACCACUUGGUAGCCAUGAAGAUCAACCACUGGGACGGGGUGAUUCGACAGCUGGCGACAAAGGCUUUGCAUAAUCUGACCCCUCAAGUACCUGAUUAUAUGGCCACAACAGUUAUGCCUCAGCUGCUGCCCAUAGCUCUGGGCAUUGAUCUCCACAGUCGCCAUGGCGCCAUUCUGGCAUCUGCCGAGAUCAGCCACGCCCUCUACAAGCUGGCCAAUCAGAACAACAGACCGGUGACAGAGCUCAUCUCUUCAGACUGUGUGGAUGGACUCAAGAGCAUUCACCAGAGGCUAUUUGACCGAAAGCAGUACAGGGGUUUUGGUGGUGAGCUGAUGAGGCCUGCAGUCUGUUCUCUCAUUGAGAACAUGUCCCUCUCCAUGAUGCCGUUCAAGGACGACCCCGUCAUCACUGGCUGGCAGUGGCUGAUAGGCCGACACCUUGAAGAGCCUCCACCUCAUCUCACCUGGAGCUCUGCUGACUGUAUGACUGACUACACACUGGACAGCAGAGGAGACGUGGGAGCCUGGGUGAGAGAGGCAGCCAUGACCAGCCUGAUGGAGGUGACUCUGUGUGUGGUGGGCACCGCUCCACAACUACUCUCACCGGGCCUGGUGAAUGGUAUGAUGUGUAGCUUGGCCCAGCAGUCAGCAGAGAAGAUCGACCGCUACAGCCAUGCUGGAUCAGUGUUCGUCAGGCUCCUCCAUAGUAACAACCCUGCAGUACCUCACAUCCCCCACCGAGAGGAGCUGCUCGCCAUCUUCCCUACUGAAGGGGCAGGUCUGAACUGGAACGCUCCGUCUCAGGUUCCCCACAUCACCCAGCUGCUCCGACUGCCCUAAUACCAGUCCACACUGCUGGGGUUGACCGUGUCUGUAGGAGGACUGACUGAGUCUACGGUGCGUGUCUCUCUGUGUCUGCAGCCCUCUCUGUGGUCUGCAGCUCUGUGUCUGCAGCUCUGUGUCUGCAGCUCUGUGUCUGUAGCUCUGUGUCUGCAGCUCUGUGUCUGCAGCUCUGUGUCUGUGUUCUCUGUCCCUGUGUCUGUAGCAGUGGAGACUCCUCAGAGUGCUCCUCCCAGUCUCUGUUCCGACCACCUGAUGCUGAUUCAGGAUGCAGCAGCACUGGGACAGUUUAGUGAGGCACUGCUGCAUGUCUUCAGAGACAACCUGAGAAAUGACAGGGUGUCUAUCCCCUUCCUGAAGAUGCUGGACCAGAUGCUGGCUAGAGCCUGUUUUGACACCUUCACUACAGACCAGGAUCAUCAGUUCUGUGUGGACUUGUUGUCUCUCUGUAAGGAAGAGAUUAAGAAGUCCAGGACACCUCAGAAGCUCCGCUCCGCCAUCGCUGUGUUCUGUGGUCUGAUCCAGUUAGGAGAGGUCCGUAGAAAGGUUCUGUUCCAGCUGCUGCUGCUCCUCUGUCACCCCUUCCCUGUGAUCAGGAAGACCACAGCCAGCCAGGUGUACGAGAUGCUGCUGACCUACGACGAUGUCAUCGACCCUGACGUGAUGGAUGAUGUCAUGACGUCGCUGAGUGACACCAACUGGUCAGUGGAAUCAGGAGACAGGAACUCAAUUAGUCCACAGCUCUGUUACGAUUCUCCCCCGUCCCCAGGUGUCCAUGUGAACUAG